AUGAGAGUAGAGCUGUCCAUCUUCAGACUUAAGCGAUACGUGGUCUUCCUGGAGCUGUUCCUGCAGACGGCAGAGAAGCACUUCAUGGUGGGGCACAGGGGUCGUGGUCCUCAUGGUGGACACAGGGUCACUUACUACGUCUUCACCGACCACCUGGUUGCUGUGCCCCGUGGGCCACUCUGGGAGGGCCAGAGGGUGGUGGUCAUUGAGGUCCACAGUGUCCUGCACUGGCAGGAUGUGUCCAUGCAGCACAUAGCAAUAAUCAGCCGCUUCUGUGAGCAGCGCUUCCUCUGUGACGUGGAUGACCUGGUGUACGUGGACGUGGAUGUGGGAAUGAAGUUCUGGGACCACGUGGGCAUGGAGAUCCUGUUCCCCCUCUUUGGCACCCCACAGCCCGGUUUGUCCUGGGCAGCCCACGAGGACUUUAGCUAUGAGCGCUGGCCGUCCCAGACCCAUAUCCCCAGGGACCAGGGCAACUUUUACUACAUGGGGGCCUUUUUUGGGGAAUUGGUGGUGGAGGUUCCCCAACUGACCUUGGCCUGUCACCUGGCCAUGGUGGUCAACUGGGCCAAUGGGAUUGAGGCCGUGUGGCCUGAUAAGAGCCACCUGAACAGGUACCUGCUGGACCACAGACCCACCAAGGUGCUGUCCCCGGUGGACCUGUGGGACCCACGGCUGCUGGGCUGGCCCCCCCAUCAUUCCCCGGGUCAUGAAAAGCUGAGAUCCAUGGCUGUGCCCAAGAAUCACCAGGACACCCAGAACUCAUGA